AUGAGCGCCCUCGAUGAAGCACGGAAAGAGAAGGUCAUGAACGCCAUGGAGCACACCAAGGCGUUCAUAGCCGCCGUCGCGGAGUUCGACGCGGACCAGGUUCGCGCCGCGGCGGAGGCCGCGCAGCGCGGGGACCCGAGCAUCAUCAGGGUCCUCGUCAAGGACGCGGGCGUCCCGGUCGACGCCAGGGACAAGGACGGCGCCACGCCGCUCAUGGCCGCGGCGGACUACGGCAAGCCCGACGCCGUCAAAUGUCUGCUCGCCCUCGGCGCCGACGCCUCGGCCAAAUCCAACAACGGCACCGCCGCGGUGCACAGAGCCGCCGGGAGCGCCAUGGGUGGCGGCCCUAAGGACGACAAGGCGUCCCAAGACUGCGUCAAGUGCGUCAAGUACCUUCUCGAGGCGCAGGAAGGCGGCGUGGACGAUACCGCGGCGCUCGAGUCCCGCGCCGACGACGGAGCCACGCCGUUUUUGAUGGCGUGCAGCCGGGGCGCGGAGGCGUCGGCGGAGUUCCUCGCGACGCGGGGCGCCAACGCGGCGGCGACGCUCAAGUCGGGGGUGGGCGCCGCGUCCCUCGCGGCGGCGUCGGGGAACCCCGGCGCGCUGAGGGCCGCGCUGCGCCACGGCGCGCCGACGGGCACGCGGCCCGUCGGCGGCAUGAGCGCGCUCCACAUCGCCGCGUCGCAUCCAAACACCUCGACGCACUCUCUGGAACUCGUGAAAAGCCUUCUGGAUGCCAAAGCCGACCCGAACGUCGCCGACUCGGAGGGGCUCAAGGCGGUGCACGCCGCCGCGGCGGUGGGCCGCGGAGCCGUCGUCGAAGUGUUAAUAAAGGUCACCGAACCCGACGCGGGUGCGGAGGAAUGGAACGCGUUGGCGGUGCAAAAGACGGUGCAGGCGAAGCUCGCGGCGAUGGGCGCCGGCGGCGGUGAGAAGCUCGCGGCGACGCCGGAGGGCGCCGCGCUGGCCGCCGCGCAGGUUUCCGAGACGUGCGUGCCCCACGACGUGCCGACGGAGGUGAGGGACGCGGAGGUUGCGGCGAGGACGAAGCGGGAGGGCGACGAGGCGUUCAUCGCCGGGGAUAACGCGGCCGCGAUUGACAAGUACACCAAGUCUCUCGACGCGGACGGGACGAACGAGAAGGUGUGGGCGAACCGCGCCGCCGCGAGGCUGAAGCUGCGGGAUUACGUCGGCGCCCUGCGGGACGCGAGGACGGCGAAGAAGAUCGACUGCGAGUACGUAAAGGCUUGGUUCCGGGAGGGAACGGCGCUGACGGAGCUGGGCGAUUACGAGGGCGCGGCGCUGUGCUUCUUCGAGGGGAUGCAGGUGGAGGGGCAGAGCGAGAACCCGGACCUGAAGCGGGGAUUCGACGCCGCGAUCAAGAAGGGACGGGACGCCAUGAUCAAGAAGUGA